UACGUCACCGGGUACCAGUUCAUCCACACGGAGAAGCACUACCUCUCCUUCGGCCUCUACGGAGCCAUCCUGGGGCUGCACCUCUUCAUCCAGAGCCUCUUUGCCUUCCUGGAGCACCGGCGCAUGCGGGGCGAGGGGCGGCCAGUGCGGUUCGGGUGCUCGGUGGCCCUCUGCAUCGCCGCCUACCAGGAGGAUCCCGACUACCUGAAGAAGUGCCUGCGCUCCGUCAAGCGGAUCGCCUUCCCUGACCUGAAAGUGGUGAUGGUGGUGGACGGCAACGGCCCCGACGACACUUACAUGCUGGACACGGGGCUGCGGGAAGGGCUGGCCCAUGUCCAGGCGCUGGUGCGGGGCACCACCUACUCCUGCAUCCUCCAGAAGUGGGGCGGGAAGCGGGAGGUGAUGUACACGGCCUUCCGGGCGCUCGGAGACUCCGUGGACUACGUCCAGGUGGAU